GCUUAAUGUACUGUAGAUACAAACCAGAGAGUUCGAAUAAUUGCACUGCGAUUAUCUGAAGAUACUGAACUAAUCCUUUGCGAAAUUAAGCAAUAGUUUCAUUCCAGUUUUGGUCUCUAGUUUAACAUAAUGAGAUCACAGCAUACUGAAAGUCAAACAGCAUCAGUUAGACCGAAUUACAGUGAAAUACCGACACAUACGUAUGGAAGCAAUGCAUCGGUGAUUUCUUCUCAUAUAAUGGUUCCCAGUUAUUCACAACAAAGGGUGCUACUGCAGGAUCAGCAACAACAAAGAUUUCCAAUUUCCGGUUUCCAGAAUCCUUCGAGUGUGAUGCAGACUGGACCAGUAAGAAAUACCCUAUUAAAUUCAAAUCUGGUCUCACCAAACCAAGCAUCGUUAGGAUUUAAAAGGCUGUUAGCUGAAAUGCGCACGAAACAUUUCGACUCCAUUCGUUUUGCUGCCUAUCGUACUGCAAGCAAACUUCGAUUUAUUCAACAACGAACAUUAUUUAAUGUUAUGGAUUUGUGGAAAGUAGUAGAAACGUUUCGAGAAUUUGGUUUACAUCAACUGAACGAUCCUCAAGCGAGUCUGGAUUAUGCAAGCACAUUCCGUUUGCUAUCUCGCAUAUAUUCGUAUAUUCCUUCAAGCAUCUUGGAUAUUAAUAAUCAUACUGAUGACACACAGCCUGGUCAUACAGUUGGGCCUUCCUUGAUUAAUGUAGCAGCUGAGAUUCUCUUUGGUUGGCUUGUUUAUGCCUUAGACUUAUGCGCAACUGGUCGUUUCAAUGUAAAUGGUCUUAAAGUCGCCCUGUCAACGUUAACUUAUGCGAGACCAGCUGACAAAUUCAGAUAUCAUUUCACUCUCCUGUCAGAUCCAUCUGGUGCUUUAGUCUUUUCAAAGUUUGAAGCCUAUUUACAGGAUUUGUUAAAGUUGCCAAUAAGUGUUUUUGAAGGACUAAAUUUUUAUCACACAUUACAAGCUACGCAUACAAUGUUCACUGGACGUUCAAAAAAUGUGGUUCUAGAGGAAUUUUUGGAUCGUAUGCUAUCUGAUCAAGGGCCACAAGUAUUAGUUUGGCUUACAGUUUUCCAUCGGUUAUCCAGUGUGGAGAAUGUACGUCAUAAUGUACGUUGUGAAGGUUGUAAACGUGAACAAAUAUGCGGUUUACGUUAUAAAUGUACUCGAUGCCCUCAUUAUAACUUAUGCCAAGACUGCUUUUGGGUUGGUGUCACUACAGAUCAACACACAAAUGCACAUGAUGUUAAAGAGUAUAGUGCAGCUUCAAAGUCACAUUCCCGUCAAUUUGGGCAUUCUCUGAGGAAAUCGUUUCAGUUUGGACGGUCCUUGUACAGUUCAGUAUCUUCAGGAUUUGUCAAUACAGCUUCUGUCGCAGGAGGGCUUAGUGAACGCCAAAAGCUUUCAGGAAUCAACGUUACCCGUCGCCCUCAUGUAGGAUCCAUUUUUGAGUGGAAUUCAGGACCUGCCGCAUCUAGUGUUUUAAAUGCUUGCGUAAAUGGUUGUAUCCCAGCUGGACAACUACCAACUAUGCCAUUAGAUGUAACGGCAAGCAUUUCUGUUACGUGUUCUGUAAUGCAACCCCCUGCAACCCAGAGGAAUGUGGCACCAGUAAAUAGUUUAUGUAGUCCACUACCAAAUCGACGCUUACAACAACUCAAUCCGUUGUUUAUGUUGAAUAGGUCUUCUGCGGACACACCCAAUGUUUCAUGUAUUCAUCUACAGCCUACGCGAGUUUCUACGAUGUUUAAUCAAAUAAAUGAACUCAGUCAGGGAUCGAACAAUAUGGAUAAGAACGUAGUGGCUGGUACUUUUUACCCUAACGCAGUGCAGCAGCAGGAUGUGAUUCCUCUAAACUAUAUAAGAUCAGAAAAUGGUAUGCCAUACUCUGAUGUACCUUAUGUUAACCAAUAUGUUUCAGAUACAAAAAAUCCACCAAGUACAAGUCACCAACCGUUGUCAUCAUCAUCUUAUCCUGAACCUGUUACAUAUUUGAAUCAGCAGUAUCAACAACAGCAAGAAAUAUCAAGUGCAACAGCCCAAGUACUAACCACACAGACAAUAAGCACAACAUCGAUAAGUAAUAAUAGUUCAUUCAACGCAAAUACGAAAGCCACUUUUUCAAUGAAAAUGCAUAAUAUGGAUCAAAAGUCUAGCGAAGAACACGCCUUGAUUGCUAGAUACGCCGCUCAACUGGCUGCUGCUUCCUCUCUAAAUAAAGAAUUUGAUAAACUAGGUGAUCUUGUUGAUUCAACGCAAACGCAAAAACAGCUGAUCGCGCAAUUGCAAGAGAAAAACAGGAAAAUACUGAGAGAAAUCGAACGUUUACGUAUUGAACAACAGAAACAAGCAGCAUUCAUAGCUGCCACUGGUUGUCUGAAAAAUGAUUCAUCUCAGUUAAAAGAUUUAUUUAAUGAAAGUCCAGACACAUUAGGUCAAGGGAAUUCAGCACAACAUUUAAAGCCAGAUAGUAUAAUAUCAUCUGUAGCCAGUGCUUCGGCGAACGCACAAAAUCCUCGUCUGGUUGCUGAUUUGAAGGCGAUACGUCAAAGGAAAGAUGAGUUGGAAUCCAGAAUGAACAACCUACAGCGUAGUCGUACUGACUUAAUGCUGCAGCUUGAAGCACUCGUAAGACUUUUAUCUGUGAGCACAGGGCUCACUAAUUUACAUGAAAACAAUCCUUCAAUAAUCACGGAUCCAUCUCUGUUAUAUGAAUCGAAUGGUAUUAGUCGAAAUGGGCAUGGUUCACGCCUGGAUCAGAAAUCACAUGAUUAUCCACCUAGACGAAGUACAAGUCUAUGCCAUCCAUCAGUAGGAAGAAAUUACUCAGAAAAUUUUCGUCCUGCAGCCACACCAGAGUUCUCGUUCGAUAAUGGUUAUGGUGCUCAUCAAAAACCUGGCUCUUCAGACACAACGCGAAAGUCUCUCUCGCCAUUAAAAGCGAUUAUUACCGAAGAAAAAGGGUGGCAACGAAAUUUGCAGAAAUAUGAAGUACACCCAUCAACAUCCGCUCUAUAUAGAGAGUCACCAGAGCUACACCAGAACACAUCCGAUAAUAUAACGGAAAAAUACAAAGACCUUUCAUAUAAAGGAUCAAAUAAGCACCAUGGAGCAUCAAAAGUACAUUCUACUGGACGAAGAUCAUAUCUGGGAGCUUUAUCAAGUGAAGAAAAACCAGAAUUGUUCAGCCAUAACUCAACAAAUAUUAGCAGAUUACAAUCAAAUGGUUCGUCACACCUUGCCAAUCAUUCUGACAGUGGAUCUGAUGCAUAUUUGUACUCAGAUCCUGAACUAUGCUUUACAACCACAUCAACAUCAUGUCCGUCACAAUCUAGUACAUCAGUGGUACAAAGAAGAGCGGAGUUAUCACCUUUGUCACCUGCUUCAUCAAUGGCAUACAAAGAUUCCAACAAGUCGAAAUAUCUCCUGGAUCGCCUGCAUGAUAGAAUCAUGGUAACAACGACAAUCGUUGAUAACUAUGAAUAUUCUGGUCUACAAACAUCUUCAAUGUCACCAUUGUCGUUUUCUGCAAAAGAAUACAUGAGAUGUGCAAAAAAUGACUCUAGUAAUUCAAAUAUUCCAGCAGCAAGAAAUCCCUAGUUCGGAAAUAAGAAGUGAGUGAGUGUUUCGUUCAAAAUAAGUUUUGUAAAUGAAUAAUGAAUUAUUAAAGUCACUUCAUAUCACUGAAUCUCACAUUGAAAAGCACACGAUAAAUGAAAUUCUAAGGUCCUAGUUAUUCAGUCUCACCUUUUUUGAUAAAAUAAUUUGUUAUUUUGAAUAUCUAUUAUAAAAUAACCUCUUUAGAUAGAUUCACAGUGUUCAUUAUAAUAGAGGUUUUUGUAUUUCCCAAUGAAUGAAAAACAAAACGAUAUUGUUUUUACUGACGUUUCGCUAUUUAAUGCUAAUAGCUUUCUCAAAGAAUUCACACUGUUUUUAUUCGAAGUCGUAUUUCACUUUAUCUAUUUAUAUAUACUUCCUAACCAUUCACGAAGUCAUUCGGCGAUUAGUCACUAUAGUCCCUAAAACAAUUUUUGAUCACUAAGAUAAAAACGUUGACCAAGUUAUCUGCCUUUUCAAUUGACUAUUUUCAUAUGUUGUUCAUGACUAUAGCCAAUCGAAUACGCUGAAUAGAUGCACAGAAAUGUAAGUAGAUGAGUGAAAUUUAUUUUUGGUAAGCAUUUACCGUGAAAUAAAUUCAUAACUCAUUAUUGCAUUGCCAUCUCAAUACAAACAAUAGAUUAUUUGAACAUCCUGACAGCAGUUAGUAUUGGAAUUUCUAUGGAGGAAAAUCAUCUUUAAAUAUGAUGACGAUGAUGUUUAAAGCAAUGAGUUUAGAAAAGUUUGGAGGUGAUUCUCACUGUGUUACUUUGAGUCAGUCAACCAUUUUAUUCUACAAAAACUGUUGUUGUUGUUGUUACUGUCGCAUUAUUUAGAGCGAAUUAAGAAUUCUCCAACAGUAAAAUAUCAUAGUAUUUCUUAGGAUAAGACCUAAAAUUGUAAGUCAGAUCAUUAGCGUUCUAAUAUUUAUGCUGAUGUGCCUGAUAGUGAUUCCAACAUUGAAAUCUUUUUUUUCAGUUGACAGGAGAUAAAGGCAAAAAAUAUGGAAUUAAGGUUGUUAUCAUUAGCUUGAGAGGUGAACAUUAGUUUUAAAAGAAGUUGGCUAAAUACACUAUAGUGAUGAGUGAUAGAGAAUUUAAAACAUUUUUAGUAUUGCUUUAAGUGUAACCGUAUUGUGAUUAUAUGACGGUGUGGAUAGAAUAAUCGAAUUCUCUGCUUCUAGAAUAUUUCCACGAUGUCCACACAAUUGCUAAAUUUUCAUUCAUUAACCGUAAUUUUUGUUUCUUAAUCCAUGUUAGCUGGGCUCACCAGUACAGUCUUUAUUACAAGACUAAAUAAAGUUGUUUUCCUUUUUAGAACAACGGAAAACUGACAAGAGAUAUAUAUCCAUAUCAUCAGAAAAUGUUUUCGUCCGUGCUCGUGAGUGCUGCUGAAAAAAUCAUUUUGAUUUUAUUUCACCGACCUUUCAGUUUCUAGUGGGAUGUAAUCAUUUAAUUCCCCCAAAGAAUAAUUUUGCUUAUAUACUUUUUAUACAAAUCAUCAUUUAUAUUUAAUAUAACACACAUAUAUAACAAGAAUGAUAGUUAAGUAUUGAAAAGAUGUACUCUACCUCUUGGUCUUCUACACCAUGUUCGGUCGUAUCCAUCUGGAUAAUGUUUAUUUCUGUGAUAUUAUUAUUAUUAUCAUUAUUAUCCAGUUAAGUAUAACAAGUAAUUUUCAAAUUAACUUCAUCUCACAUUUUGUGUAAUCUUCCAUGAGAAGCAGCUAUUCUGAAUAUAUCUGUAAUCCGUUUUCAUUUCCAUAUUUUUCUUCUAUUGUCAUGUUCCCAACAGUAGCUGUGACAUUUAUACUAAGAUAUAUGAGUGAAAGUUGUGCAAAUACGAUUAUUUUUUGUGUUAAUGUUCAUACUGAAAUCAGCUAUCAAAGAGGAUUAUUCAGUUGUGGAAAACUAGUGACUUUGUGUAUUUGCGUAUGAUUGAUUGGUGGUUUAUUGUGAUUUCGAUUUGGGAUGAAAUUUUUCAAUUUUAUUUGGAUGUAGGAGAUCAGUAUAAGUUGCUGCAUCAAUGAUGGUUAUGACUAUUAUCAUUGUUGUCCAUUGAUUUCCGUGUGGAAGAUACGGCGUCAGAAUCACAUCUGUAUUUCACUGUCUUCCCUACAGUCCUUUUUAGCUGGGUGCAAAAACUUUUAUCCCCUCCUCACAUGAUCUUCUCCAUGUCACCUUCGGAUGCACGCCUAAUUCUUCGUUUUACAUUCUAUUUCCACUGGAAGGUGUGGAGUAUGAUGGCAUACAAUGGUUUUCUCAGUGUGUGUCUAUUCCAUUUCCUCCUGCAUAUUUUUUUGGGCGAUAGGUUCUUGGUUGGUUUGCUCCCAUAGCACCUUGUUCUUAAUCAUUUCUCGCCGUCUGAUAUCUGAUGUCAUCGACCGAACCAAAUUCUUAAUGAAAUGCUUAUCCUGGCUAUAUUCUUACUAUAAUUAACACCAGUUGUUAAGAUGGACUAGUUUCAUCUGAUUCAUUAUGCACAUAAACAUCACUGGGAGCAUUAAUUGUUGAAUUGGCCAUUGGAUCGGGUCCCACUGGUCACUUCUCGAUUGGAUUCCACUUGAGGGCCUGGCGCACGAUGUCAUUCGGCGGUUCCCUUAAUGUGUGCUCGAUCCAUCUCCUUUUCUCUCCUGCAUAUUUCUUGCGCGACCGGCUCUUGGUUAGACGGUUGUUCCCACAGUUUCUUGUUACUAAUUCUUUCUGGUGACUUGAUCUUUAGUAU